AUGCCCCGUCAAAAAGACACAAAACGUAUUGACCCUACGCGGGCGCGUCGUCCGGGCGAACCUGUUACAGAUGCUGAGCCGCAUAAUGUGUUUAAAGUCAGUGGGAGUCCUAUCAUCAGUCCACGAUCGAUCCGUCACUGUUUGAAAGAGUCCGAUUUUGACGUUGAUGGUGAGCCACGACAGCACUCGAAUGGUGGUGUAGCGCUGCCACCCAUUAGCAAAGAGAACGCGGUUUUAGCGGCUGCCGCUGCAGCAUUGCAGGCCAAAGAGGCACAGAAGGCGCUUGAGGCGGAACAGGCUGCUAAUGCUAGCCUUCAGGGACUAUCAGGCGUGCAGCUUGUCGUGCAUCAAAUGCUGGCGACACACACGCAAACGUUGGCCCAUCUUGGUGUCGAGCGCGCAAACUUUCCGAACACGCGAUUGUCGCUCAAACAAAUCGAGACAAUGCUAAGUCCCGUUGUGGCACUGUGCAGUGCACUGCGAGCGGAUCACUUUGGUAUUCAUGUACCGACUCCUGAGAUUGCACGCACGAUGAGUGAUGUGCAUUAUUGGAAACUCUGGGAAUCUGACCUGAUCGAUAUCGGGAUCUUCUUUAUGCCGCCAAAUAGUACCAUUCCGCUGCACAACCAUCCAGGGAUGAGUGUAGUGACAAGAAUUCUGUACGGAGCUGCUACAGUUAUGUCGUAUGAUAUCUUGUCAGAAAGUGAAGUUCAAAGGCUUGAAGCAGGAAGCGAAAUUGUAUACCAGGAUGCUACUUUUAGUGCUGAUGCUGUCAAUCCCGAAAAAGGAUCAGUAUCAUGGGCUCGUGUUAGUCGUCAAGGUAAGUAUGGGGCGGAAACGACGACGUGGUUAGAUCCCCGUCGAUUUAAUUUGCACAAUAUCCAAGCGAGUUCGGAUAUUGGAUGUGCCAUGCUGGAUAUAAUGGUGCCUCCUUAUGACAAUGCGAAUCGCGAUUGUCAUCACUUUCGGAUUCUGGAGGAAAGAGUUUUGCAAAACGAGCGGCUUUUUAAGAUGUUAGAGUCUGUCAAGCCUGACAAUCACAUGAAUCCUUCCGCUGCGAAUGACACAGCAGAAUUGUCGCCGACUUCCUCUUGA